AUGGAUGCCUCACGGUUACAAAUCCAAUGGCAUCUUCGGAACAACACCGCAAUCUUCGUCCGUGCCCUGCACAUCCUCGACCUCGACCUCCUCCCAGACUGGUCUAACAUCUCCGACUCGACAUUCCUUUCUGCUCCCGCAAAAGCCUCCACCAAUACAACAAGUACAGCACAAAGCCAACCCCGGAACCGCAUAAAGUCCCUCGAAUGGGCCCUCUUCCAUCUCUUCCGCCUGUAUUCCCCCAUCGAGGCAGCCUCAAGACUCUCGCCGUCUUUCCCACCUGCAACACCGAUACAGUCGAGGGAUCUGAGAGCCGGGAUAUACAAAUGGCUCGCGGAGCUGAAGCAGAGCGGCGAGUUGCCGAGAGAAACGGUGCUGAGAAAGACAAUGCUGGACGAGUGCAAAGGCGACAAGUUUGAGGAGUUGGUCGCGAGAUUCGCCAUGCUCGUGGUGAGGAAGACGCUGGCACAAGACCGAGGUGAAGCAAGCAACAGACAAGUCAGACAAAGGGAACACGAUAUAGGGCGUCAGAAGAGGAGCACCACCGAAGGAGACAGGCGCCAUGACCCGGAGUCAUUAUUGCCCUUGAUUCUCGCCCAUCGAGUCUCUCUGCAGCACUCGCUCUGCAAACGCCAGGACCUCAGAGACAAGGCUACGUCGUAUGCGCAAAAGCUGGCUCAGCUGCGGAAGGACGUCGCGAGCGGCUUGCAGGAUAUUUCUCAGCGUCCCCCCGCCGCCGACGAUGAUAAUGCCGAGAUCAUCCUAUCUGCAACGGAACACAAAUCGCUGAGUGAGCGAAUCAACCUUGCAUUUGCGAGUGAUCGCCGCUGGGCACGAUAUAUCUUGGAGGGCGCCCCUGCUUCGUCGACUCCUGCUUCUGCCCGAGACCUGCCGGAGUGGCCCUUCGAAAACCCCCUCCCAUCCACACCUCAGUCCGCAGGUACGGUGAUGCCGUCAACGGAUGAGGCGACUGAUGCAGAAGACGAAGAAGCUAACCAACCAAUGCGCCAACUACAAUCUUUGAUUUCUCAGCACCAGGAGCGAAUCGCGCGACUCACAGCCGUACGCGACUCUCUAAUCUCCGCUUCUAAGUCGAAAGGCCAGGCAGGAGAGACACCUCGUCUGCCUACUCCGCAUUACUCGACCGAGACGAUCCUGGAGAGGGCAGCAGAGCCGCAUACCAGCGCGAGCAAUAUCCCGUCGACUCGCUCGAGGCCUCGGUUUACCCAGCACCAAGACCUGAUAGUGACUUGGAAAAGCUAG